CAUGCCUCCGUCCUCAUUCGCCAACUUGAAAAACAUCCGCGGUUCCUUGGCUUCCUCUGUCGUCAUUUUACUUCCUUAGCUUCGGCCCUGCUAUCGCCCUGAAAUCAUCCGUCCUGGUCUCGAGUGCGAUAUAAGGCUGGCUGGUGAGAGGCUGACUUGCGAGACAUGGUUCAGUACGCUGUACUCGCCGCCCUGCUAGGCUGCGUCGCUGUCUACGCCGCCCCGACUGCCGUGACGGGCUUCAGCAAUGCGGCCAUCACGAAGGUCAAGUCUAACCUGCUGCAGAUCGCCACCCAUAGCUGGGAGAUAGGCACGGCCAUGGAGGCUUUGACCGAGCUGGAGUGGCCUGAGCUGUCGGUGUUCGGAGGCUCUUUGCCUCCCCCUGUCAAGUUGGACCGGGAUACUGCAUCAGACAUCAUCUCAUGGACAACGAAGAUCGUGAAGGCCAAGCCCGACCCGAACUCUCUUCCCAUAAUCGACGGAGAUGGCGCUGUCGGCGACCCCGCUAGCAUCGGAGUGGCAGUCGAGCUAACGAAUUGGACCCGCGCGGAUCGCGGCGAUCACGAGUUCUCUACAGCAGCCGGCCACCAGCUCAAAUACCUGCUCGACGAUGCGCCGCGCACGUCCGACGGCGCGAUCUCGCACCGCUCGGACCAAGUCCAACUUUGGGCCGACUUCGUUUAUAUGGCCCCUCCAUUUAUCGCGUACUACGGCGCGCUUAAAGGCGGCAGCGGGGGCUUAAGCCUUCUACAGAUUGCGUACAAGCAGUGCAAGCUCUACCGGCAGUACUUGCGGGAUCCCAGUGGCUUGUGGAAGCACAUUGUCCUUGGAAACGGGCAGGACUUACAUCACUGGGGGACUGGGAAUGCAUGGGCCGCGGCUGGCAUGCUGCGCGUUCUCCAGACCAUCAGUCACUCAAAGCUCUCUUCGAAGAUGCAGACCGAGCAAGCAGACCUGAAGUCCUGGAUCAACGAGAUCGUCAGCGCAUCAUGGCAGCACCAGCACUCGAAUGGUACACUCUUCAACUACAUCGACGAGAGCAACUCGUUCGCCGACACCUCGUCCACGGCGCUUCUUGCGGCGGUGACGUACCGGAUGGCGACCCUAACGGGCGAUACCGGGCACGUCUCCGCUGCUGACAAGGCGUACAACCUUAUCAAAGCUAGCGUGGACUCUAACGGGUGGCUUCGUAAUACUGUCGACCCCGAAACCUUCAACUCGCCGUCGCUCGCCGGCAGCCACAGCCCGGAAGGACAAGCCUUCGUUCUGCUUCUGCACGCGGCAUAUCGCGACUUCAAGGCAUCAUCAUGA